GCAUAUGCAGGUUUCAGAGGGAGACACCACUUGUCACAGAGUGGAGGUUUCAUGAUGAGUGAGCCGAGCACAACAUUCUAGCCUCCCACAGACACCAGCUUGAAUUAUUCUGAUACAAAUAAUGGGAACGAAUGCUCCAGAGACAAUUUUUACUGAAAUGUCAAUUAACAGUGUCAUUCUGCUCAUCUGCCUGUUUGGGCUGGUGGGUAACGGGAUAGUUCUCUGGUUCCUCAGCUUCCACAUUAAGAGGAACCUGUUCACUGUCUACAUCCUGAAUCUUGGUGUGGCCGACUUUGGUUUCCUCCUCUUCCUGGCUGUUUCCAUCACAACUGAUACAAUGAAUAAUUUAUUUUGUUUUAGUUUAGAAUGGAGGCCUUUUCUGCUGCUGUUUCAGUUCUCAUACAAUAGCAGCUUGUAUCUCCUGACAGCCACUAGCAUUGAGAGGUGUCUCUCUGUCCUCUUCUCGAUCUGGUGCCGAUGUCAUAGACCAAAGCAUGUGUCUGCCAUUGUGUGUUCCUUGCUCUGGGUUCUCUCCUCCCUGCUAAUUGGACUAGUGCAUUAUUUUUGUGUUCUUAAUAGGACUGAAAAGUGUCCAAUGACAGUCAUAUCCAUGCAUGUUCUGAAUUUCCUGAUAUUCACUCCCAUCAUGGUUCUGUUCAAUCUGAUCCUGUCCAUCAAGGUCUGAUGUAGCUCACAGAAACGUCAGACAGGAAAGCUCUAUGUUGUUAUCCUGCUCCCUGUCCUCUUCUUCCUUGCCUUUACUGUUCCCCUCAGCGUUCAGAGCUUUGUACUGCAUUUUAAUUAUUCAUUUCUCCCCACUUGUAUAUGGCUUAUGCUGGCCUCAGUAAACAGCAGCAUCAACCCAGUUAUUUACUUCCUAGUCGGGAGCUACAGAAAGCGACGAUUCAGGGGGUCUGUCAAAGUUGCGCUUCAGAGAGUUUUUGAAGAGAAGGCAGAUACUAGAAAGGAUGGAGAGACCCACAGAAUAGACCCACUAGAGAUGGCUACUUAAAUCCCCUCAGUAUCCAGCCUGGGACACCAUUUGCAGGGUAUGAAGAGUUACCUAGAUCACAGAAUCAAAGAAAUUAGAGGUGAAAAGGACCUUACAGGUCACUUGCUAAGUUCCUUUCCACCCCAACCCAGACCAGGAUGCUUCCCUAGAGCGGAUCCCCAGGGUUCAUUGCAACUAUAAAAACACAAAUGGGUCACAUGGGGCCCAAUCCUCUCCCUUUGGAAUCAGUGGGGAAAGUUCUAUUGACUUGAAGUGGAGCAGGAAUAGGCCCAUAAUGGUCCCAUAGUCCCCAUUGUUUUAGAAAUGCCAUUGACAAGGAAUUUCAAUUUUGGUGGCAAGUUUUUCCUAAUGUCACCUGGUGAGUGUUACUAUCUCUUCUGUAAAGAGCUACUGUCAGUGACCCCUCACAGCCUCAUCAUUUUUCCUGUAAAUGCCAAGUAAAACACAAGGGUAGGAGACAUGGUGGUGUGGGAGGGAAUAAUAAUCAUGGAGAAAUAUCCCCAUGUAAAUCAUUCCACAGCCAGCUCUUGUGCAUGAAAUACAGGCAGAUGUUCCAUGCCACUAUGGAUUCUUGCUUAUGCAUAGUGAUAUAUGAAACUUUCACCUCUAUUCCAAUGGAAAAAAUUCAAAAUUACUACCAACUAAUCGAGGAGUUUAGUCUCUUCUACUAAUAAUGCCUGGAUCCUAUGCCCAAAAACAUCACAUCUAUAACUGCCCACUGUUCAUGUAUCUCAAUUAUCUUCCUCUGUGCUGACCCUUAUGUUAACAUGAAUAAACACCA